AUGUACGCGCACGUUAAUUUGUCGAGACUUUGUACUCGUGUGUCACUGCGAGCGUCGAUGGCAACUUUAUGUUGUUCCAACUACGGCAAUAUCGUUUCGUACAAGCCACCAGCAUGGUGUUCUAGCAUCUCAGAGAAGGCCCCCAAAUCAAGAUUGAUCUUGAGCCAAAUGAAGACUCCCAUCGUUCCAUGGAACGUCCCUGACUUACCAGACGGUUUCAAAUUGUAUAUAAAACGCGAUGACAUGACGGGAGGUACGCUGAUGGGGAACAAGGUAAGAAAAUUGGAAUUUCUCCUCGAGGAUGCAAAGCUGCAAGGAGCAGACGCUGUUAUUACAUGCGGUGGCAUUCAGUCAAACCAUUGCAGAGCUACAGCCAUCGCAGCUCGAGAGGUUGGAUUGAAAACGUACCUUUUACUUCGUUCAAAUUCCGAGGACCCGGAUGAAAGCAGAUUGGAAGGAAACUUGCUACUUGAUUUGUUGGUUGAUGCGACGGUUGUGCUCGUUCCUAAGAGAGCUGGUUAUGUUUCACAACUUAUGCCCAGAAUGCAGCAUGUCGUGGAUGAGUUGAAAGAGAAAAAGUUAAUGAAUGUGUAUCAGAUACCUCUAGGGGGGUCAAAUGGAGUCGGAACUUGGGGAUAUGUUGAGGCCUAUAGAGAAAUGAUGGAGCAAGAGGUUUUCUCUCAAAUUAGUGAUGUUGUGGUGCCUUGCGGAUCAGGAGGGACGAGCUGUGGAUUGGGGCUUGCGAGUUACUUGAGUGGAUCAACAGUUAGAGUACAUGGAGUGUCCGUGUGUGACGACCAAUUGUACUUCCACACACAUUGCAACGAGAUAUUGAAUGAAAUGGGCGUUACUGGCGUUCGUUCUGAGGAUAUUCUGGACGUUGUUGAUGGAUACAAAGGAAUCGGAUACGGAGAAUCGACCGACGAGGAACUACAGUUACUAACCAAUAUCGGACGAAAAACUGGCAUUCUUCUUGAUCCUACUUACACUCUGAAAGCCGUUCGAGGAAUGCUAAUAGAAAUGAAGACAAAUCCUAGUAGAUUUUCUGGCCGUAACGUCAUGUUUAUUCACACUGGAGGUCUGUAUGGUAUGUUGGAUGGACGUUUAGAUGACGUAAUGAGAAAACAGGUGACAGACAGCAGACAGAUUAUUUCUUACUUCAGUACUGAUAGACCACCACAUUUGUAGAUUAAUUAAUUAAAAAUUUUUAUGAACUACCACGACGUUGUGUUAGCUUAUAUGGCACCAACUAUCUCAUAUCAAACUAAUGGAAUUUUUCAGACUGUUGCAAGUUUCUAUCUUAUUCCCUGUCUUUGUUGAGUCAAUA